AUGGCUUCCAACCGGGUAAAAAUUGAUGAGCUUCAGCAGCGGAUAGCUAAGGAGCGCAAGAUCAUCCAUGGCUUUCAGGUGAUGAGAACGGCUACCGGGAAUCAGGAUAUCAUCAGAUCUUGUGACUCGAAAAUUAGGGAUAGCGAGAAGACCAUUUCAUUUUACGAGCAAUCGAUUCGUGAACUGCAUGAAUCAGUCGAUCAGGGAUCCUCAUCCACCACUCCCUCCUCUCGGGAGCCCCCAGUCGAUCCCAGACCAACUCAUUCUGCUCAUUCAAGUCACUCAACCUCUUACUCCGAUCAGCAGUCCUCCCACGCAACGCUCGUGCCCUCCUCGCCGGGUUCAAAGAAUUCUACGGGUGCAAAGACUUACUCUCCACUUGAUCUCAUCAAAUAUGAUACUCCUCUUACGGCCGCCAAGAUUGGUCGGAUGCUACAUCACCUCGAGUUCAAGAUCGCAGUCGAAAAUCAAUACAAGAACGGAAUCGAGAAAAUGCUUAAGCUAUAUCAACAAGAAGGCGACAAAAAGAGUCGAUCGGAGGCGGAACGAAAGCGAAUCGAGUCAAAUCAAAAAAUGAUGCUCCUUACCCAGGCUUUGAAGCGUUACAAGAAUCUCGAAGUCACUGGAAUUAAAGAUGAUGAUGCUGAAUCCGAAGAACGCAAAGGUCACCCCCGUCGACCUCUAUCCGGUGCUCUUCAGAUUACAAUUGCUUCUGCCAAAGAUUUAGAUCACGCUCCACUAACCAGCAAGAAAGGGAUCACCGAAUCCAUCGUCGUGGUCAAAGUUGAAGAUACACCUCGUGCUAGAACUCACCCGGUUCGUAACGACCGUUGGAAUGAGGCCUUUGAGAUUCAUGUCGACAAAGCAAACGAAUUAGAGGUCAUCAUUUAUGAUCGCGCCUCCUCUGCUCAAGACUCGGUUAUCCCGAUCGGAGUAAUGUGGAUUCGUCUAAGUGAUGUCGUAGAAGAACUCAGGCGAAAGAAAUUCGGCCUCGAGUCCGGUCCUGGUUGGGUCACAGCUGCUCGGGUCAAAGAAACAGGUAGUGGUGGCGAACUGAUGAACUUACCGCCCGGAGCGGCGCCUGCUGGUUUUGCUCCACCGGAUCCUUCGGUCUCCAGCGGCCAAGCUGCCGGUACAUCUUCUGACGGUGUUGACGCGUGGUUUGCAGUUGAGCCUGCUGGCGCGCUGCGACUUCAACUUAACUUUGUCAAAUCCAAUGUACGCAAGAGGCCAUACGACACGGGUGGCUUGGGUCGUCAGGGUGCCGUCAGGAAAAGGAAAGAAGAGGUCCACGUUCAAAACGGACAUCAAUUUGUCGCUCAGCAGUUCUACCAGAUCGUGCGAUGUGCUCUUUGCGGAGAGCUACUCUACAAUGCCUCAGGCAUGCAAUGCGAAGAUUGCAAGUACUUGUGUCACAAGCGUUGUUUCACCAAAGUGGUGACGAAAUGUAUCUCUAAGUCCAACGUCGAUACAGACGGCGAUGAAGAAAAAAUGCUGAACUAUCGCAUUCCACAUCGAUUUGAGCCUAUGACAACCAUCACCCCUAGUUGGUGCUGUCAUUGUGGGAUGAUGCUUCCAUUGGGACGUCGGCAACUCGCUCGUAGAUGUACCGAGUGUCCCAUCACUGCCCAUGCAGACUGCACUCAUCUCGUACCUGACUUUUGUGGGAUGUCAAUGGAGAAAGCAAAUAGACUCUUACAAGAGAUCAAGACCGCUAAAAGCCGACAAUCGACCCGGAUGAGCUCUCACUCGCCAAUGAAGCCUUCGACUGAGCCUCCCCAAUCCCUUCAUCAGGACGUGGGAAGACUUCAGCUUAGUCACACUAGCCCCCCAUCUCCUCCCGCAGGCCCAUCGAGCGACUAUCAUCAAAGCCAAUCACCUGGAAGUCGCACAUCUUUAUCUAGCCACCCGCCAGGAGGAUUUGCCGAUCCGAGUCGUCAUGAUAGACAACCCAGCUCAGGCCCACACAUGCCGCGUCCCCUACCCGCCCAACCUUCCAUGCCCCCAUCGCAAACUGGCGCCGGUCCUCCCUUUCCACCGUUUCCUCAGCCGGGCGGGAACGAGGGGCCCGUACCUUAUCCUCCUCAGCCUCGACCACUGCCCCCACAACCUUCCCAAACACGCCCCGACUUUUCUAACCCACUUGCCCUCGUGCCAUCUCAUUCUUCUACUCCUCCACCACUUCCCCCACAAGUCACCUCUCCCGUCAAAUCUAAAGGGUCCCGUAAGAUCGGAUUGGAUGACUUUAAUUUCUUGGCUGUCUUGGGUAAAGGAAACUUCGGCAAAGUCAUGCUGGCUGAAGAAAAACGUUCGGGUCAACUGUGGGCAAUUAAGGUGCUCAAGAAAGAUUUCAUCAUUGAGAACGAUGAAGUAGAAAGUACCAAGUCCGAAAAACGAGUAUUCUUGACAGCCAGUCGUGAGCGCCAUCCAUUCUUAAUUGGCCUACAUUCUUGUUUCCAGACGGAAACUCGGAUCUAUUUUGUGAUGGAGUAUGUCAGUGGUGGUGAUUUGAUGUUACACAUCCAGCGUGAACAAUUCACCCCUCGAAGGGCCAAGUUUUACGCAGCCGAAGUCUUGUUGGCUUUGGAGUAUUUUCACCAAAACGGCGUGAUUUAUCGGGAUUUGAAACUCGACAAUAUCCUGUUAACCUUGGAUGGACAUAUCAAGGUCGCCGAUUAUGGGCUUUGUAAAGAAGAAAUGUGGUAUCAAAAUACAACGAGUACGUUUUGUGGAACACCAGAGUUCAUGGCACCAGAAAUAUUGCUAGAGCAGCGAUAUGGAAGAGCGGUAGAUUGGUGGGCGUUCGGGGUAUUGAUUUAUGAGAUGUUGUUGGGGCAAUCUCCGUUUAGGGGGGACGAUGAGGACGAAAUCUUCGAUGCCAUCCUGGAAGAUGAGCCGUUGUAUCCGAUCCAUAUGCCCCGAGACUCAGUGUCGAUCUUGCAGAAACUGCUGACCAGGGACCCCACCAGAAGGCUGGGGGGUGGCCCUAAUGACGCUGAAGAGAUCAAAGCUCAUCCGUUCUUUAGAGAGACCAAUUGGGCUGACGUCUACGGUAAAAAAAUCCCCGCUCCUUACUUCCCUACCAUUAAUGGUCCGAUGGAUGUCUCCAAUUUUGAUUCGGAAUUCACAAAAGAAUCCCCUAGAUUAACCCCUGUUCAUAGUCAACUUAGACCGGAAGACCAAAAGGAAUUUGAAGGGUUCUCAUGGACUGCUCCUUGGGCUCAAUAG